GGGAUCGCGGGUUUGUCUCAUUGUUGAGUAGGUCAGUUUCAAUUGUCAUCUUCGAGCAUUCGGAGUUCAAGUUUUCUGACCCCUUUGCUUUGUGGCCAUUCAUUCUUGGCAAGCAUUGGAGGUUAUAGAACUACCCUGCUAGAAGAUAUCUGCUUAGACCUUUGUUUGAGACUGUAACAAACAUGGUUCAGAAACUAGAAACUAUAAAGGGUGGGGGAGGAUCCAUUAGGGUUGGUACGACGGGAACUAUAAGUUCCCUGAUGACAAGGGAAUUGGACUCCAUUAAAUUUGCCCCUCAGAUGCCUGUAUCUUCCAGAACCAAACCACAAUCAGUACCUGUUUUAGUUCCCUAUGGUGGUACAACUCCCAAAAGACUACAGCCAAGAAAAUCAUCUGAUGUGGCAAGCAGCAGCUACAAUGAUCAUAGAAGCCCUGAGAUUACCAGGAAAAAUAAAAGCUACGCCACAAAUAUCCAUCGAAUACCGAUGCUUGCCUUUGAUAGUAUUACUCUUGAUAGAAUUCCCAGCGGGGAGAAAAAUAACAAGAAAGGAUCUAACAUAGUCGAGAUUGUGGACAUAAGGUGUGGGAACCAGGAUAGGGCAUGGGCUAGCCCUAUUACAAAUCGUCUCAAGAAGCUGGGUUUCUCGAAGCUAUCAGAGAGUAUUAUCUAAGCUUGCAACUUCUUUAUAUCUGCUUUAAGGUUCCUGUAACUGAAACCAGAAUUCCAAUUGGCCGAUUGUUGUCUGAAACUUCCACCAUAGAAGAUAUACUCGGUAGGAGUCUGCUGUGUUUCUUUUUCUUCUCUUGGGUUGCUAUGUCAGAUCCAAAAGUGCGACUGGAAUGAUCAUGACUACCAGUGGAAGCCAUGUCCUUUAUUUGGAUCUGAGUCUCCUGUGAACUAUCUUGGCAG